GUUUGGCAUUUAGAUGCUGGCGGAGGGAGAUCGCUGGAUGAGAGCAGACUUGUGCGCUAUUUUUUUCUCUCUCUUUCAUUCUCUCCCUCCACCCUCUCUCUCUCCCCUCCAAGUGGGCCGCAGAAUGGGAGCAAAAAUAACUCCGGUCUGUUGGAAAGUUGCUGGAACCCAGUGAGAGAAAGAACUGAAACUGUCAUGCAAUUGCAAGCAAAACGCCAGGCUACAGGCAGCGGAAGAAACUGACUUGAUGUUUCACAUGUAACCACAUCCGUGAUUUUAGCAGAAGCCCACAUUCAGUUAGUCACACACACACACACACACACGCCAGUAAUUUUUUUUUAAGUUUCCCUCCAUUUUGUGAGAAGCAGCAGCAGCAGCAGCCCCUCUGAGCAGGCUAUUUGUUUCCAAUGGCUUUCAGCCCAUGGCAGAUCUUGUCUCCCAUUCAGUGGGCGAAGUGGACGUGGUCUGUGGUUCGAGCAGGAGCGGGAGCUGAAGACAAUGAAGAUGAAGGUUCAAAACCCGAAGAGAAAAGGUUAAGCUUCAGUUCUGACUCCGAAGCGAAUUUCGAGACACCUGAGGCUGAUACACCUGUACAGGGGCCAGCAGAGAUUGUUGCAGGUGAGCUGGCUGGGAAACACAGAGGAAAACCAGCCACAGAUAAUGCAGCGGACUUGAAACCAGAAGACAGACAGUUGUUUGCAGAAUCUCCACUGCCUUUGAAGAGUCUAGCUGAGAGAGAGUCAUUGUUGGAGCCAACCCAGUGUGAUGCUUCACAAGGCUUCAAGCCACAUGACCAAGUAGGAACUGACACUACUGGCAGCACAGCUUUUGAGAACGUCAUUGAUGCUGAUAGCUCCUCCACAGUGCAAAACUCUCUGAAAGUUGAGGAAAUUGCAUAUGAAGUAAGAACAGGCAGAGAUCCUCCACCAAUUGCUUCAGCAAGUCACUUACUGCUGCCUGAUACCACAUCAAAAAUCCAAGUGACUGGUGUCCAAGGAAGAGAUAUGACUGUUUCUGAGGAAGAAGCACAAGCAAUGGGCCAAAAGGCACAGGCAUUGGAUGUUCCGCCUCCACCUGGCAUCACCAAACAAAAAAAGGGAAAACCUCCCACCUCGGAGAAGAUGGUUGUUGAGACACUCGAACUCAGGACAGCGGUGGAAGAUGAUGCUGUGAUGGGACGGACAUCAGCCUAUAAUUUUGACCCCAAUGAUUUUGAUGAGGGUAAGAACCCUUUUGACACAGGAGCAUCCAGACUUCAACACUCGCCCCCGGUAAACAGACAGCCCUCAGUGUCUUCAGACACAGCAGAAACAGAAGUGGAUGAGGUGGGGCCACAAUCGGAUCCCAAUGGCUCAGCACUAAAGCUGGAAUUUGACUUCUCAGAUGACAAAGAAAAUGCAGAGAAUCGGAUGCCAAUGCCAAAGAAAUUGGGCAAAAAACCUGGCAGCAAGUCAAGUGGGAAGAAACAGAGAACGGCUGUGGUUAAGGCCACUGCUCCUGUGGAAAAGGACAAUGGGUGCCCCACCACAAACUUUGAUGAUGUUCCCAUUACUAAAAAGUCCUACAAUUUGGAUUCUUCACAAUGGGAUGAUCCCAACUUCAACCCAUUUGGCGGCUCCUCUGGUUUGCAGAACUCACCAACGUGGCCAAAGGCCUCGUAUAAAUUUGACCCUGAUAAUUUUGAUGAUUCAGUUGACCCUUUCAAGCCCUCAAAAACCUUAGCCAACACAUCGGAGCCCCUUGCUCCCUUUGAGCUGCUGACCGACAGGACUGAACACGUCAGUCUGGAGGUAGCUCCUGAUGAGGAGAAAACAGUGAAAGCGUCACCCAAGAAGACAAAGCCUCGAGUGAUAACGAAUGCUUGCCGAGUGAAGAAAUAUGAAAACCAAUCUCUGGUGUUGGAUGUUUGCCAACAGGAUGCAGAGCCACUUGAAAGAUGUGAUGUCCCUGACAUUGCCCAUAGAGAGAGACAUGCCACUGAUGAGGAGAAACUGGCUUCCACCACAUCGGUCAAUCAAAAACAUGGUUGCAAAGAGGUGAAAACGGAGGUGGAAGAGGACACAGAGUACUUUGAAUGUUCCAACCACUCGGUGACUGAUGUUAAACCAGAAUUUUCAGCCCCUUUGGAAGUUACAGGUUUGGGUAAAUCAAAAGAAUUAGAAUCCCAGGAACAACAUGUACCCUUAUCUCCUCAAAUCCCAGUACCUGGGGUGUGCACCACUGAAAGCAUACUCUCAUUUAAAGCACUUCUGAGUGAGAUGGAAGGUUCGGUGGGCGAUGAGCUCAACAACAUCCAGGCAGACAAGACAGCCGUGCUGAGUUUAAUCAGGGAAGAGAUUGUGGCUAAGGAAGUAGAAGUAAAUGAGUGGAAGCAAAAAUAUGAAGACAGUCGACAAGAAGUCAUUGAAAUGAGAAAAAUUGUCGCAGAGUAUGAAAAAACAAUUGCACAGAUGAUUGAAGAUGAGCAGAAGAACAAAAUGGCAUCUCAGACAUCCAUCCAACAGCUGAUCACAGAGAAGGACCAGGCUUUGGCAGAUCUUAAUUCAGUGGAGAGGUCCUUAUCAGAUCUCUUCAGGAGAUAUGAGAACAUGAAAGGUGUACUAGAAGGAUUCAAAAAGAAUGAAGAAGUAUUAAAGAAAUGUGCCCAAGAUUAUUUGGCUAGGGUCAAACAAGAGGAGCAAAGAUACCAAGCGCUCAAACUUCACGCUGAAGAAAAACUAGACAAGGCCAACGAGGAAAUUGCUCAAGUGCGCGCAAAGGCAAAUGCAGAAGGAGCAGCCCUGCAAGCCAGCUUACGGAAGGAACAAAUGAAAGUGGAUUCCAUGGAAAGGACAAUUCAACAGAAGAACCAGGAGAUUGAAGAGCUGACCAAGAUUUGUGACGAGCUGAUUGCCAAACUAGGGAAAACCGAGUGAAGCCUGCAACCACAACAUUGGACACUGCACGACAAAGCUUUCUGCAGACCUUCGUUCCUAAAGCACGCUGCCUUACUUAGAAAUAAUAUCCAACUACAACGCAUCUGGCCCCCUUAAGUGGCAACACCCAGUAGUCUGCAAGGCACAUGUGGACCUGUCUUCAUGCACUGUUUACUGCACAAACAGAAGAGGUUGCCAAAACAUUCCCAAGGCUGUAGACGCCCAGUUUCUCGGACAUGUAAUUUGCUUCGCCAACACAUCAUUCUCAUCUUUUUGUCACCCAAUCAUAUUUCCAUCUUCAACGAAAUAUACAAUGCUUACAGGUGCCAUCCAGCACUUGAUGUGUAAUUAUGACACCAGCGUUUUAUCGGCAGUUAUGUUUUCUGCAGCUUGCUUCAAUUGAUAAAUCCAGAGAAGAGUGAGUUCUGACCACCUUCAAUAUGAUGUAUUUGGUGUUUGGUGCCUCAAUUCUCAAGGGUCACUGCUUUGAAGUGAAUGCUUACACGGCAGUGAAUCCUUACACAGCCAUGCUGUGCUUUUGUUUGAGUUCUUGGCUGUGGCCAAGUCUCUUCAGGUCAGUUUGAACGGGACCACCAAAUCCAGUGAGUUACUUGUGUCUUCUGACCCAAUUGUUGCCAUGGCUUUUGGAUAAUCCACAGGCUUUCCAUUUAAAAUGGAGGCACUAAAGCGUGCCAUUGAACAUGCCAAUAUUUUUUUUCCCUUUUGAGGCAGGAUUGAUGAUACAUUUUGUGAAAAUAAUAAUAUUUAAAUUGUACUGGCAGUGAACAUUGCUUCUCUUUCUCAACAUACUGAGGGUGUGUGCACAUUCAAUACUGGAACCCAGGAGAGCAUUGAUCCCAAGACCGCAUGGGUUUGAAGGCCCAUUCACUCAAACACUACCAAAACUCCAGAGCUUAUGGGUGAUAUGUUUGGCUGUGAUGUAAAUUUAUCCUCAGAUUGGAUUCAACUGAGUGGAAAUCCUUGCAAGUUUCUCCUCUCUGGCUCUGCUGACAGUUGUCCGCUUGCGACCCAAGUUGUAGCAGAUCAGGGUUCUGAGCUGUGCAUUUUGGGGCCUGAAACCAGCAGAUGUUGAGCCAUUGGUAGAAAGUCAUAUCCACAGAUCAAGUAUGGAUCAUCCAUUGUCUUUAGCGUAGCUGUGAAGUUGGGACAGUGAUGCUGAAGGUUGUGUGCAGGUGCACCCUGAAGUAUCUCAUUUCAUAGUUCGAGUGAAGGAGCUCAUUUUUCUCAGGAUACUCUCACCAUUUUGAUACUCAGGGGUUUUGCGAGCCUGGGUUUGAGGUUUGAGAUGUUAGCUCACAGUGGUGUUACACACUGACCCUUGAAUAGCGUCUUUCAAGCAAGGAGAUUUUCCCCUCAUCACACAACAUAAUACAUAAAUGUAUUCACAUUUUGACAGGUGCCAUACUGUUAAUAGUAUAAUGGGAUUUUGAACGCACAGAAAUCUCUGUACACUGUACAAUAUAUGUUUAAUAUUAAUUAAAGAAUGAUAUAAGCCCUGAAACUGACUGAUAAAAGUGCAUAUACUCAAAUUCUUGGUCUAGAGUCUUGUGUUUCCCCCCACCCCUCUGACCGCCCCGCCACCACCACCCCCGUCUCUUCCAACAACAAUAUAAGUCACUACAGCUAGAUAUUGACUAUAGUCUUCAGAAUCGUCCCUUGAAAUUGAACUCCGCAAUUCAGUGAAAGAUUGUAUUCAAGUUUUGCUCUGCCUGCAUCAAUAACUUUCUGAUAUUGUGGUAGUGCCAGUGGAAAUAGGGUAUUGGUGAUUCAAGUACAAGUCCUUUUACUGUGUUGUUUCCACUUGUGACUUGUCUGAAUAACUUGAACCAGCUCUGAUGUUCCUUUGUAAUUUGUCUUUGUUUUUGCCUUGCCCAUGUUUAGCUGCUUUUCACUUUGGAGAAACCCUUCACCUGCAUAAUUUUUAUAUACAGAUAUAUUUGUCUUUUUAUAUGUUAUGGUUCAAUAAAGAUUUUUAAAGUUGUAACUACAAAAAAAAUGAAAAGAUAUUAUAAAAUUUUAAUUCCAUGUACUAAUAUAUUUUUUCCAUUGUCAUUGCCUGAAUAAAAAUGAUGGUGAGUUUCACA